AUGGCGUCUGACCUUGAGGCAGCGUCCGCGCACGUGUUCUAUGCUCUGGGCAGGCGGAUUCGCGCCAUCGAUGUCGACCUGAUCGGCCUGGUCAACGGAGAUGUGGAGAUCGGGGCGCCGGUGCCGGCGCUUCCCUACCGCCAAUUCAAAAAGAAGCUUAAAAUACUGCGCAUGGGCGCGUCCGGCUUCCUUGCGGAGGGCGGCGGCAGCGUGCCUAGAAGCGGGGAUAUCGAUCUGGCGUUUUGGUCCUUUGUAUCGGGCUGGCUCGCGCGGCUUGACCGUCAGUGGAAGACGGCGGUGCGCACGGUGCUGACACUCCGCGGUGAGGACGACCCCGCCCUCAGCGAGCGGGCGCAGGCGCUGCACGCUUGGGCAGAGCUGACGCGGACGGGAGUGCGCAAGAUUGUGAAGAAGGUCAACAAGCUGAAGGGGGAGGGAGACCUGCGCCUGCGGCCGGUCCUCGACUACGCCUUCACGCGCGGCUUCCUGGGCUCGCAGCUCGAGAUGAUCUUCUCCACCGACAAGAGGCCAAGUUGCCCUGCCCUCGACCCGGCCAGCCUCGCCCCCGUCGCGCCAGCAGAGUGCGGGCACGCCAUGUGCGCGCCUUGCUUUGCCCGCAUCGCAGGAGCGGCGGCGGAGGCAGAGGAGGCGGUUCGGUGCCCGAUCUGUCGGCGCCGUGUGCGGUCACCGGCCAAGCCGCUCACCGCGCCCCCACGUCGCUCGCCCCGGCUGCUGUCGCCGCCCGCGGAGGCCUGA